AUGUGGCUGAGUCGGGCAUUUCCCAUCCGAUAUUUGGGAUCUUACCGAAGAGCUCAGAAACCACCAUGGAUGACAAAUCCGGUAGUCUUCUACUCAAAUUUCUCGGAGAAGAAAGAGAGAGAAGCUCCUUUGCAGGAGACUCGAAUGAGAGAUAGGUUUACCCUGUACGCAAGAGGCGGCGAAGGUGGCAGCGGUUGUUCCAGCGUCCGCCGGAGCCGUACCGAUCGCUAUGGAAAACCCGAUGGUGGAAAUGGUGGGAGAGGAGGUGAUGUGAUAUUAGAAUGCACACACGCAGUUUGGGAUUUCAGUGGAUUACAACCUCAUGUUAAAGGUGGUAAAGCUGGACUAGGAACUUCCAAGAACAGGAUUGGAAACAGAGGAGAAGACAAGAUCUUGCAAGUGCCCAUUGGGACAGUGAUUCAUCUUCAAGCUGGUGAGAUUCCAUCUGAGGUUCAAAUCGACUCUCCAAAACAGUUGGAUCCAUGGGACCUUCCCGGCACACUAACUGAGGAUCCUGCAUCCGAGGAGAUCCCUGAAGAAGCUACGCAAGAAUCUGUUCAAAUCGAAGAUGAGGAAGAACUUGUACCAAGACAUGCACGCACGUCAAAGGAAACUGAUUCAGAAGAAGAAGAGAUUGAACAAGUCAGGUAUAACGUUGCGGAGUUAACAGAAGAAGGUCAGAGAAUAAUGAUUGCUCGCGGCGGCGAAGGCGGCUUGGGAAGCGUUUCCGCUACUCGUUACUUAAGAGGCACCAAGUCUGGUAAAACCGUUACUCGCAAAAGCAUUUUGAGGAUCAUGGAAGGCGAGGCUGAUGAUAAUGAUGAGGACGUUGAUGAACAACACUCGAGCAUUAAAUCUGGCUCGCUCGGCUCUGAAGCUAUCUUGAUACUAGAGCUCAAGAGCAUUGCGGACGUUGGACUUGUUGGGAUGCCAAACGCUGGUAAAAGCACUCUUCUUGGUGCCUUGUCUCGUGCUAAACCGCGAGUAGGCCACUACGCGUACACGACUCUGCGUCCUAAUUUAGGAAACGUGAACGACGAAGAUUUCUCCAUGACGAUAGCGGAUAUUCCGGGACUCAUCAAAGGAGCUCAUCAGAACAGAGGGCUAGGGCAUAACUUCCUUCGCCACAUUGAAAGGACUAAAGUCUUGGCCUACGUUGUGGAUUUAGCGUCGGGGCUUGACGGUUGCGAAGGAGUGACACCGUGGGAACAGCUGAGAGAUCUGGUGAUGGAGCUUGAGUUCCAUGAAGAAGGGUUAUCGGAUAGGUCGUCUAUAGUCGUGGCGAACAAGAUCGAUGAGGAUGGUGCGGAGGAGAGAUUGAAAGAGCUUGAGAGGAGAGUGAAAGGAGUGAGGAUAUUUCCGGUUUGCGCGGUUCUUGAAGAAGGUGUACCUGAGCUUAAAGAUGGUUUGAAAAUGCUUGUUAACAGUGAUUGUGAGGGAUCAGAGAGAUUAAAAUUGGAGAAUAUAUGUGUUGACUAG